AUGGCCGACACCAGCAGCCUCCGCUCGACCGCCAGCCUCCUGGGCAUCACGUCCACCAUCCUGCUCGCAGGCUUCAACAUCAGCACCUCGCACCUCUUCGUGCCGCUCAUGUACAAGCUCGAGAAGCAGACCUCGGCCCGCAUGUUCGACAGGCUGUACCACGACGGUCUGAAGGUCGUCGUGCCCCUGGCCGCCACCGCCAUCACGUCCUUCAGCUACCUGUCCUACACAUCAUCCUCCUCUCCCUCCUCUAGCGCCGGCGUCCUGGGCACGAGCCUGGCCAGGGGCCCGGCCUUUGCCGUCGCCGCGGGUUUGGUAACCGCCACCCUCGCCUGGACGGCCAUCGUGGUGAUGCCCGUCAACCAGAAGCUCAUCAGCAUCGCGCGCGAGGUCGGCGCCAAGGACAAGGUGUCGGCGGGCGACGUCGAGGCCCUGCUGAGGCGGUGGUGGUGGAUGAACUACGUCCGUGGGGCCGGCGCCCUGGUUGCUGGUGUGCUCGCCCUGGCUGCGAGUCUGUGA